AUGGCCCACUCAGGGGUUGUCCCCGGUGGGAAACGCAAAGAAAUCUACAAAUAUGUGGCCCCCUGGCCGCUGUACAGUAUGAACUGGUCAGUACGACCCGACAAAAGGUUCAGACUUGCUCUCGGCAGCUUCGUAGAGGAGUACAACAAUAAAGUUCAGGUCAUUUCUUUAGAUGAAGAUAGUAGUGAGUUUUCUGCGAAAAGUACAUUCGAUCAUCCUUAUCCUACGACUAAAAUCAUGUGGAUACCAGAUAGUAAGGGGAUUUUUCCAGAUUUGUUGGCUACAAGUGGGGACUAUUUGAGGGUUUGGAGGGCGGGAGAGCCAGAUACGAGACUCGAAUGCGUUUUAAACAACAAUAAAAAUUCAGAUUUUUGUGCACCAUUGACCAGCUUUGAUUGGAAUGAAGUUGAUCCUAAUUUAGUUGGAACUUCUUCUAUAGAUACGACGUGUACGAUUUGGGGGCUUGAAACCGGACAGGUAAUGGGUCGUGUGAACCUAGUCUCAGGUCACGUCAAAACGCAGCUGAUCGCGCACGAUAAAGAAGUAUACGACAUCGCAUUUUCUCGAGCCGGAGGCGGUAGAGACAUGUUCGCCUCAGUAGGAGCCGAUGGAUCGGUGAGAAUGUUCGAUUUGAGACACUUGGAGCACUCCACCAUCAUCUACGAAGAUCCCGCGCAUACCCCCUUGUUACGGCUGGCCUGGAACAAGCAGGACCCCAACUAUUUGGCCACCAUUGCUAUGGACGCGUGCGAGGUUAUUAUCCUCGACGUGCGAGUACCUUGUACGCCGGUGGCGCGUCUCAAUAAUCAUCGCGCGUGCGUGAAUGGUAUAGCUUGGGCGCCGCAUUCGAGCUGUCAUAUUUGCACGGCGGGCGACGAUCACCAAGCGCUGAUUUGGGACAUCCAGCAGAUGCCGCGAGCUAUCGAAGAUCCCAUUCUAGCUUAUACAGCGGCCGAAGGGGAAGUCAAUCAAAUCCAAUGGGGCGCCACUCAGCCCGAUUGGAUCGCCAUCUGCUACAACAAGUCGUUGGAGAUACUGAGGGUGUGA